GUUAAGAGACCUUCCAUGUGGUCAAUUUUUCAAUUUUUCAAUAUCUCUCUUCUCUUUUUUUUUCCUUGUUUUUUCUCGUCAUAUUUUAUUUACACUUUUAUUUUACUCACGGCCAUCAAGCUUGACGUGUUUUCUUUUUUUUUUGACGCUUAUUUUUGGUUACUCGUUUAAUUUUUCUUUGACGUCACACAUAUUUUCUCCACCUUUUUUUUUGGCUGACACGCACAUACACGCAUACCCCACCAACACACAGCACUAUAUUCCUCCGGCAGCAGCGGCAGCAGCAUCAGUCGCGCUUGACCUUUACGCCAAAAUGGCUUGCAAACUGAACGACCCGCAGAUUUUUAAAGCCUACCAGCGGAUUCUCGACAAUGAUGGCAUCGACUGGAUGAUAAUUGGGUACGGCAAAACGCGCGACGUGUUGAGCCUGUACUCCGUGGGCGACGGCGGAGUUGUAGAGAUGGCACUUUGUGUGCCUGACGAAAUUGUUUUUGGCUUUCUGGUAUUCGAGAGGACGAAUGUGCUGGUCACCCAUGUCUCCGAAAAAAUUAGUGGAGUUCAACGAGCUCGCGGACUUGCGCACAAAAGCACAGUUGCCGAGUUUCUUAACCGUCAUGAUAUCACCAUCAAUACGACCAAGCCCACCGAGUUAACACCCGUUCUGCUGCGCAGCAAGGCCAGCCACUUGGUCAAAAAGUCGGUUCCCAUGGUCACCAGGAGUCUCGGCCGCUCAGACUCUAUUCGGCAACAGCAGCAACAGAGCAAGGUGCGGUCCACCAUCUGGCACCGCCACUCGAUGUCUAUGAGCCACGCCCCCUCGUCAUCUGUGACAUCGCUGGCCAACAGCCCUCGCUCUCCCGGCAGCCCUGCCAGCCCCGCCAGCGAGGCAGACACAGAUGACACACCGCUUAAGCCAAAGCCCCCAGCCAUGGGCAGUGUUACGGAAGAAGGCAGCCAGCCGAAUCCCGGCGAGCAAGUGGCUGUCUCCUCGGUUGUUUCCUCAGUAACUGGCUUGGAUGCAUUAAGCAACGAAGAUGUAGCAUUCGCCCGCUCCAGAAAUGCCGCUUCAACAUCGCCUUGCAAAACCGCAGAGCCCACAUACGAGUUGCCUCUCGGCAUGCCACCCACGCCAAAAUCAUUGAACGGCGGCCUCUCUGAUAUCCAGGAGUACGACAACCUGAAUCGAAGCAGCAGAUACAGCCACAAUGUGUUGAUUGCGAACGAGUCAGCCAUGCUCACUGAAAUUGUAAUCCCACACUACUCAGAAUCAGAGCGCUCGCUGGCCUCAGAUGCGAUGAUAAGCCCUAUUUCUCCAAUUUCGCCCUCGACAUACGCCGGGAGCGGCAGCAUGUGCAGCAAGAGGAGUGGUGCAUUUUCGGACAGCGGCAUAUCCCCCACUGUCGGAACGGCUAGUCCCGCGAGGCCCACAUACCACAGGUACAGCUUAAACUGCUCGCCCGACAGGCAGUCAACCAGUAUCUCGAGCAAGCGCAAAAGUAGAGUCUGCAUCGCCAGCUCGUUCAAAAAAAUACCAGUGCCUGAGGUGGCCCAGUUAAUGGAGGAGGUCAGUGAGCACCGCCGGAACACAGCAGAGCUCGCCCAGAGCUCGGGCUUAAUGGGUGAUAAGUUCUUCCGGUGCCUGCGCGGGUACACAAGCAUCCAGGAGCCUUCCAAUUCGUUCUGGAAGCGCCGGUAUUUUGUCAUUGCCGACGAAACAUUGUUCAUGUAUACGAAUGAGUGCUCACGCACGCCAACUGACUUUUGGCCCCUGAGUUCAAUUGUGCGCGCACCGCGCAAUGCCGAGGAUGACGUGCUUAUGGCGCACUCCUUGGCUAUGGACUUUGGAGCCGGGGAGCACUUUUUGUAUUUUGAUAACGCUCAGAUGCGGCAGGCUUUUGAGGGCGAAGUAUUAACGUCCAUUAGUGCCACUGCUGCCACUGCUGCUGCCGCUACCAUCACUGCCAACUAAUCCAUUUCAAUUGUUUUUUUUCUUCCCCCACUGCACUUUGCAUGCUACUUUUUUUUUCUCAUAGUCAUAAUUUUACAAAAGCCAUAUUUACAAAAUUUCAGUAUA